GAGAAGACAUCAGCCGCCCACACGUCACCUUAGAGGAAUUCUAAGCAGUGUUGUUUAGCGUACCACCUGGCCAGAUGGAGAUCACCACAGGGGUCAUGGAUGAGAAUGCGGCCAACACCUCCACCGACUUCCUUUCUGUGCCUGCCUCCCAUGGGGCCCAAGCUGCUCCGUUCCCAUUCAACUUCAGCUACGGUGACUAUGAUACGCCUUUGGAUGAAGAUGAGGAUGUGACCAAUUCCCGUACUUUCUUUGCUGCCAAGAUUGUCAUUGGCAUGGCCCUCGUGGGCAUCAUGCUUGUCUGUGGCAUGGGCAACUUCAUCUUCAUUGCUGCUCUAGCCCGCUACAAGAAACUUCGCAACCUUACCAACCUGCUCAUCGCCAACCUGGCCAUCUCUGAUUUCCUGGUGGCCAUCGUCUGCUGCCCCUUUGAGAUGGAUUACUAUGUGGUGCGCCAGCUGUCCUGGGAGCACGGCCAUGUCAUGUGCGCCUCUGUCAACUACCUACGUACUGUCUCUCUCUAUGUCUCCACCAAUGCCCUGCUGGCCAUCGCCAUCGACAGAUAUCUGGCCAUUGUCCACCCGCUGAGACCCAGGAUGAAGUAUCAAACAGCCACUGGCUUGAUUGCCUUGGUGUGGAUGGUGUCCAUCCUCAUCGCCAUCCCUUCUGCCUACUUCACCACCGAAACGGUCCUCAUCAUCGUUAAGAGCCAAGAGAAGAUCUUCUGUGGCCAGAUCUGGCCGGUGGACCAGCAGUUCUACUACAAGUCCUACUUCCUUUUCAUCUUUGGCGUCGAGUUCGUGGGCCCUGUGGUCACCAUGACCCUGUGCUACGCCAGGAUCUCCCGUGAGCUGUGGUUCAAGGCGGUGCCGGGCUUCCAGACGGAGCAGAUCCGAAAGCGCCUGCGCUGCCGCCGGAAGACCGUGCUGGUGCUCAUGGGCGUCCUCACCGCCUACGUGCUGUGCUGGGCGCCCUUCUACGGCUUCACCAUCGUGCGCGACUUCUUCCCCGCCGUGUUCGUCAAGGAGAAGCACUACCUCACCGCCUUCUACAUCGUCGAGUGCAUCGCCAUGAGCAACAGCAUGAUCAACACUCUGUGCUUCGUGACCGUCAAGAACAACACCGUCAAGUACUUCAAGAAGAUCAUCCUGCUCCAUUGGAAAUCUUCCUACAAUGGGAGUAAGUCCAGCGCAGACCUUGAUCUUAAAACCACAGGGGUACCGGCCACCGAGGAGGUGGACUGCAUCAGACUGAAAUAACCUGAUGGACCUUUCAAAGCUUAAACAAAGACCUUUGCGACAUCGACGGGUGUCCUGGGAUACAAACCAUCAACCAAGAACCCUUGGUUUGCUGCAGAGGGCAGAGUGCAUGGACGAGUGUGCGAACACCGUGCUCAAGGAGCUCAGCAUUCCUAAACCUGAUGUGACUGGAUACCAGCACCAGUGGCCAACACUCACUGAAAGUCUCAUUUGUACAGAGUAGGCACUGGUGAAACUUAUGUAUGUUGACAACAUUUAAUUGGCAGAAAGAAAUAAGGAUUAAGCCAAGAAAAAUAUUGGGGCAUAGAAAGCCUGAAAUGAGAGGCUCUCUGGAAGGGAACCCAAGUAGGCAUCUAGGACUGUGGUACAUGUGUUUAUAGGGUGAUGGUUUAUCUGACCAUCUCAGCUACUCAUCAGGUACUGAUGUAGCCCAUAUCUAGGAUUGUCCUUAGGCUUGAGUUCACUCCUAACGUUUGUGGGGUUGGAGCAAGAAUACAAAACAGGCUCCUAGUUCUUUCUUCGACCCUUUUAUUCUCAUCUCUGUUCCUGACUCUCACUGGGAGGACCCUUACAUGCAUGCACAUGGACACCGCAAUAUGCAUGGGCAAGUUCUGUCCAAACCCUCCUCCCCAGCACUGAUCCAUGGCUACCCCUUGGGCUUACAGCUGUGUCCAUACAUGGUGAGACUCAUUAUCAGGAGAAGCCACACAGACCCUGGAAGCCAUUUGGUCAAGGUAUUAAGGGGUUCUGGAUAUCUUGACUUAUCCCAGGGAAGGCUUAGGCUCAGGAUGAAUAUGUUCUCUUGGCUUCAUGGACUUCUUGUCCCAUGGGGAGAAGUGCAAAUGGCAGAGCCCUGAAAGCCUGCACAGCUCAGGUCAGGAGCUCAGAUUUUCGGGGUCAAAGGAUGAUACUGCUUCUACCUCUCAGUUAUUCUGGCUUGGACCAAUUAGGCUUCCUCCUAAAUCCUUCUUUUCCUUCUCUUGUAUCCAUGCUUGUGAAACAUAGAAUCUUUGAAAGUAGACACAACACCUCAUGGAUACCGCUGUUGGCCAUUUUCCAUUUCCACCAGCUCUCACCCUCAUUGUCACAAUGUGAGAGCAAGAUGUGUUCGUCACGAGUGCCCAAAGUCCAUCACAGUUAUUAAUCCUUUGGAUUAAGACUUGUUUUUCUUUUAAAAUGGAUAUACCCUUGGGCAUAUCUGCCAUAUACCUGCCAUAUUUCUACUCCUCAGUGUAAAUGAAGCCAUGUGAUCUAGUGGCAGAUGGUGAAGGUUGGUGGUACAGCCCUGGGCACCCAAGAAAGAUGGGGACAUACAAAUGGGUGGUCGGUGCCCAAAGAGAUUCAGUGACUCCACAGACUUAUGGAGGGCUCAUCCUACUUUCUAACGCACCUUCGUUGUUCGGUGUUUCAAAUUUUGGAAUUUGAACUCGUGGAACCAGAAGAUCUGAUCCAGCCUCGGCUCUGUCCCCUGUGUGACCCUUGGUAAAGCUUCUCAAAGGGACAAAGAUAAUACCUGUGAUAGCUCCUAAUGAGGGGGUUGUGAAGAAUCAAUGAGAUAAUAUGUGGGUAAACUCUUCAGCCAUAUGAGUCAUCAAAGGAAUGGACGAAUAACUGUGUGUAAUGUGCCUGACAAGGAAAAACUUGUCACCUUGGCUUAUGUAUCUAGAAAUUUGAACCAUCUCCCACUUUUUAUUAAUUAUUGUGUGAAUUAGUCCUUUACCUCUUUUUGCCGUGUUAUAUGUGUUACAUUCCUAACACAUGCUGGUACAACAAGGCAGUGAAAUUUGGUGGUAAAAGUGUAACAGGAAGUGGUAGAGUGUCUCCAGUCAGAAGAUGAGCUCAGGGUUUUAGGAAUUUCAGAAUCAGACUAUCUUUAAAAUCAUGGAAGUGUUGGCCAUGUUCCUGUGCCUUUUCCCAGCCAGCAUGAAUCUGGGCAAUGUGAUAUUAUUUCUCAAUCUUUUUUUACUGUCAUGAGUAUGUGUACCUAAAGAGUAGACGUGUUCUUUUCCUCUCAAAGAAUUCUAGAGUAGUACAUUUCUAAGGCUAUUUAACUGACACUCGUAUGGCGUUUCCUCCCCAAAUAUAGUCAACUCUUGAUUUUUGGCAGCAAAAUUCAUUUUUUAAAUAGUUACUUUAUUUCCCUGGAAGACCCAUUCAGAAACUUAUUUAUUUCUUCCUAUUAAUUAUCCAGCAGACUUAUUCUACAGUGUAAUGGGAAUGCUCUCAGAGAAUAAAAACUGAUUAAACUAUUAGCCCAAAUCCAACAUACCUUGGAAGGCAAUUCUUAUUUCUUAUAAAAUUACAUAUUACAUUCUAAAAUUGGGAAAGUUAGCUUUAGACCAAAAAAUAAUAAAAGGACAUAAUUUGUUGUUGUUCUGUUCACCUUUUCCAUUAGAAAUUCUAAGCAAGAAUCGAUGGUAAAAUAGGAGAUUUUUAUAUGUGACAACCAAACUUCUUUUUGCUUUUCAGCCUAGAACGUAUCAACUUUUCACUUGCUGAGCCGUCUGUAAUAUUUUUAGAUGUUGUGUCUGCUUGUGAAUUUACAGUGAAUGAAAGUGUUGUGUUGUGAUCAAACAAAAUAAAAAAAAGGUACAUAUAU